ACAGAUGUUUACGACUAGACUGGUGGAGUUACUUCCAAAAUGCCAUGUCCUCGCUGAUGACAUAGAUUGAGAGGAACCAAUCGGCGCCUGGAAUGUCGAAGCCUUGUCCAAUCAAAAGUUCACAAAUUUGGGACCUCUCUUUGUGAUCUCCUUAGUCCCUCUGUUUACAGUAAAUCUUUCAUUUUUGUUGCUGCUGAAAGACUCCGAAAAGUAGAAACAAGACUAAUUUGACUGAUUCUACAAUUGGCCGUUUAACGGGGAAGCCCACCGCCCCCCUCCCGUCACAAAAUGCCGUUGGUGACGAGGAACAUCGAGCCUCGCCAUGUGUGCCGCCAGGUGCUCCCCAGCACCAUCCGCAGUGAGCUGGAGUGUGUCACCAACAUCAGCCUCGCCAACAUCAUACGUCAGCUAGGCAGCCUCAGUAAGUAUGCAGAGGAUGUGUUUGGAGAGCUGUUUGUGCAGGCGGGGACGUUUGCUAUCAGGGUGAACUCACUGGGUGAGAGAGUGGACCGUCUACAGGUCAAAGUCACCCAGCUCGACCCUAAAGAGGAGGAGGUCUCUCUGCAGGCCAUCACCCAGAAGAAAGCGUUUCAUAGUAAUCUGACUCAGGACCAGCAGUUAUUCUGUAGACCCUCUUUACCACUGCCUGUACAGGAGACUUAUCUGACCUGCAAUCCUCCUCCACCACUCAACAACCUCAGCCAGUACAGGGACGAUGGGAAGGAUGCUCUGAAGUUCUACACCGACCCGUCUUACUUCUUUGACCUGUGGAAGGAGAAGAUGCUGCAGGACACCAAGGACAUCAUGAAGGAGAGACGCAAACACAGGAAGGAGAAGAAGGACAAUCAAAAUAUGCGGACUCUGAAUCCCAGAAAGAUCAAGACCAGAAAGGAUGAGUGGGAACGACGCAAGAUGGGGGAAGAGUUUGUGGUACCCAAGAAUGACAUGGGAGAAUCUCUUGAGGGUCUGAAUGGCAGUAUUGGUUCAGGAGAAGGCUGUUAUUCCCCUGAUGGUUUAGACCAGAGUACAGGGUCGUAUGCCUUCGAUCCCGGCUCCCCCCUCCCUCCCCCCGCUCCCGAUGACUUCCUGCCCCCUCCACCCCCAGACAUGACGUAUGACGGACAGUACGGAGCACCAUCCCAGAAGCGCACCAGCGUUCUGAGCCCCACACACCCUCCUCCAGCCCCUCCCAUGACCUCUUCUGUUUCCAGUGGCUCCCGGCCCAACCUGGCCCCUCCCCCUGCCCCCCCUCCCCCUCCCCCUUCUGGCUUGGGGAUCCCUCCCCCUCCCCCCUCUGGAUUUGACUCCUCCCCCCCUGCUCCCCCUCCUCUCUUCUCCUCUGCCUAUCCCUCCCCCCCUGCCCCACCUUCUCCUCUCUCCCAGACCACCAUCUCUCCACCUCCUCCCCCCUCUCUCCCCCAGGGUGGUGGCGCCCCUCCUCCUCCUCCCCCGCCUCCCCCAGGCCCUCCUCCCCCCUCUUCUGGCCUCCCCCCUCCCUCCUUCUCCAUUGGGGCUCCCCCUCCUCUCAAACCCACCCAGGUUCAGCCAGAAGCCCCCGCUGACGCUCACAAUGACUUGCUGUCAGCUAUCCGGCAAGGUUUUAACCUUCGUAAAGUGGAGGAACAGAAAGAGCAGGAGAAGAAGGAUAACUAUGGCAACGACGUAGCGGCCAUCUUGUCUCGCCGUAUUGCUGUGGAGUGCAGCGACAGCGAAGACGACUCCUCGGAGUUGGACGAUGACGAUUGGUCCGAGUGAGGCCUCCUUCUUCCUCAGUCCUCCUCAAGAGAGAAUGCAUCAUGUCCUUUUGCCAUUACUUCUUUAUAACCAAUGAUCUGAGGAGUAGAGGGCCAAGACAAGUGUGUCCUCUUCCACACUCCUGUCUAAGCCAGUCACAUUCCCCCGUGUGCCAGUCACAUUCCCCCGUGUGCCAGUCACAUUCCCCCGUGUGCCAGUCACAUUCCCCCGUGUGCCAGUCACAUUCCCCCGUGUGCCAGUCACAUUCCCCCGUGUGCCAGUCACAUUCCCCCCGUGUGCCAGUCACAUUCCCCCCGUGUGCCAGUCACAUUCCCCCCUGUGCCAGUCACAUUCCCCCCUGUGCCAGUCACAUUCCCCCCGUGUGCCAGUCACAUUCCCCCCCUGUGCCAGUCACAUUCCCCCCCCUGUGCCAGUCACAUUCCCCCCCGUGUGCCAGUCACAUUCCCCCCCUGUGCCAGCCACAUUCCCUGUAUGUUAUUUUGUUGAACUUAACUGAUAGCCGAUGACUUCAGUAUGGAGAACGGUCCAAAUAUCAAAAACCCAAUUAUUUCUGAAGGUCACAUGGCCAAAGGUGUGUGUGUGUGGGGUGUGUGCGUAGUGUGUGUGUGUGGUAAUGAGAAUCAUACAGAUGACAUAGUAUACCGUAUAGAUAUUGAUCCUUUACAUACAGACCCAUAAUGGUAUAACUGAGGGUCUGUGUUAAGAAUCAUAUUUGACUUUAUGAUAGUUAUAGAUGUGCUAAAGAAGACACAUCAAAAGGUUUUUUUCUUAUUGCAGUUUUUUUUUCUUUUUUUCCCCUGUCUUUCGCUCUAUUGUUGGCAUGGGAAUGGUUACCUAGGUGACAGAGGGACUCAUUAACAGGUGGGGGGGGGGGGUAGAAAUGUAAUGUAUCUAUAAAUAGGUUCAGCUGAAUGUCCCCCUUUUCUAAACAUUCUGAAAUGUUUUGAUUCAGCUCUGGCUCAAUAAAACCAUGUCCCCUGUCAGUCAAAACAUGCUCUGCCCAAUAAGUGAUCCCUCUCUUGCCCUAGUCCCGCCCCUCCUUAAGUGCCUUUGCUUUUUCAUGUUUAUGUGCGAGGAGGAUGAAGUUACCCUUGGACACUGAUCUAGGGACAGGUUUGUUUUUCGUUCCCAUCCCCAUAGGAUUGGAUGAUGCGUAACUGAUCUUAGAUCUGUGUCUGAGACAAGUUGAUCGUCUUCUGUUUUAAGUGCCUUCUGUUUGUUUUAAAUCCAAAGUGUAAAGCCACAAUCAGACCUGAACAUGUUAUUAUCCAACCACAUGUUUCCGCUUGUCCCGUCGGUCUCGACUUUAUCCGUGAGGAUAAUCAUAAAAAUAAAGAUGAAGUACAGUG